AUACACGAAUACUAUGUAGAGGGCUACUCGUUCCAUUCAUUUUCAUUCGUGCAAGUGUUAUGUUGAAUGAUAUGUAUUCCGCAAAAAUACGUUUUUAAAGUUUCUAAAAUCGGAACUUUUGUGUUAAACAAAUUAAUAGAUUGCUGAAGCUGAAUCAAAUAUAUUUAGUAAUAAUGGAGGCUCUAGAAGAAAUAUCUAAAUAUUUAAAAUCUGAUAAUCGCUUUGAUGUAAUACUUUUGGCGCUGAACGAGGUGCUCCGUCUGACAGCGACUGCUGAUGGCCGAGAACUCCUGUUAAAAUUACCAGAAAUGUUGAAGCAACUUGUUGUUUAUUUACAAGAUUCUCGUGCUUCAAUUAGCAGUUGUGCUGCACAAACGUUGAUAAAUAUUACUGGAGAUGAAUCAGGAGCUAGUGCAAUGUUAAUUAUUUCAGAGUCAGAUGUGGCUAUCCAGGAACCUAGUCUGAAUUUAAUAAAAGUUUGUUUGAGGGCUGUAAUGGAUAAAUCCAGUACGUUAGCAGAUUUAUGUUGCAUGAUACUUUCUAAUAUGACCAGACCAUUUCAUCUAGUAGACAGAAUAAUCACACUCAUCGAACAAAAUUAUUCCUGGGAUGAAAUAGUAGCUGCAUUUACUACAAAGCAGUACAAUACUACAGGUGAUAAAUUACAUUAUCUUGGGCCUGUCUUUAGUAAUCUUAGCCAAUCGCCACAUGUAAGGAGAUACCUGAUGGAUCAAGAUCGUUGUAUUAUUCAACGGCUUCUUCCGUUUACAGAAUAUUCUGAAAGUAUAAUUAGACGAGGUGGCAUUGUUGGUACAUUGAAAAAUUGCACAUUUGAUACAAAAAAUCACGAGUGGUUGCUAAGGCCCGAAGUGGAUUUAUUAUCAUACUUGUUGUUGCCACUUGCUGGUCCAGAAGAGUUUGACGAUGAAGAUAAUGAUAAAUUGCCAAUUAAUUUGCAAUAUCUUCCUAAAACGAAAACUCGAGAAUCUGAUCCUGAUAUAAGACUUAUGCUUUUAGAAGCGUUAAAUCAACUCUGUGCGACAAAAGUGGCUAGAGAAAUAUUGAGAGAAAAGAAUACAUAUAUUAUACUUAGAGAGCUUCAUAAAUGGGAAAAAGACAAGAGCUGUUUAUUGGCAUGUGAAAAUAUUGUGGAUAUUUUGAUCAAAACCGAAGAAGAAAUUGGUUUAGAUAACUUGAAGGAAGUAAAAGUGCCAUCUGAGUACACAGAAAAGUUCCGUAAGAUAGAUGAAGAUUUUAUUAGCAAUACAUAGUGCAAAAGUUUAUAUUGUAAAUAUGCACGUAUAGCGUAUAAUAUUUUUCUAAAACAUGAACAUAAAAAUGGUAUUUUAUAACACAUUC